AUGGUCAACACGGGACACCCGAGCAGAGCAUGCAAGCUCUGCCGCGCGCGAAGGAUCAAGUGUGACGAGACCAAGCCGUUCUGCCUGAAGUGCGCGAAGUCGAAAAGGGUAUGCCCGGGCUACCGUGACGCUUUCGAGAUCAAUCUUCGCGACGAGACUCAGUCGACAAUCCGCAAGGCCAAGUCGGCCGCUCUACGGAAGGCUAUUCGUGAGGGUCGCGCGACGGAGCAGGACGCGGAAAAUGAGAGUCAGAGUCAGAGUCAGAAUCAGAGUCAAAGUCAGAGCAAAAGCAAAGUGACUGAAUGGACACCACCACCGCCACCACUACCUCGAAAACAACAGAUCAUCGCCAUUCCCGAAGAUGACUGGCUAGACAGACACUCCACUUCAUCAUCUUCCGACGUGUCCCCUUCCAUGUCAUACGCGUCAUCGCUCUCAUACAUCAGCAAUCAAGCGCCAGACACGUUUGUUUCGUUCAAGGACCUGGAGGGAGGCACAUACGGCAUGCCGCAGACGUUACAGACACCACUCGACCAGCAGGCUACCUGUUUCUUCCUGGCAAAUUAUGUUCUGGCGCCUCCGACUGGCGUUGGACGAGGUAUCCUCACAUUUGUUCUGCCGCUGUUGAACAUUCCGAGUUACCAGUACUCGCCGCUGCAAUCGGCCUUCUCGGCGGUUUCGAUGGCCGCCCUCGCCGGAAGACCGAAUUCGCGUCGAUUGUUCUCAAUGGCGCAUCUUCAUUACAGCAAAGCUCUGGAGGACUUAACGCGAGCCAUGCAAGACAAAGUCGCGGUGAGGCAAGACACGACCCUUGCUUCUGCCAUCUUGUUGGCAUUUUACGAGGGGUUGGUAUCGGACGACGUGGAAAUGUCUGGCUUCAAGAAGCACAUUUCAGGAGCAACAGCCAUCGUGAAGCUGCGAGGGUCCCAGCAGACAGCAACGGGGGUAGGACUGAGCAUGUUUGAGUUUGUACGAGCGACUUCGGUGAGACAAUACACAUUCUUCUCCAAUAUCUCCUUGGAAGAUUUGACCUGGUGGGCCCGUCAGGCAGUUUGCGACACUGUUGGUCACCAGGCACUCGUCUUGAAUCUGCAGACGACGCUGAUUCGCGCCGAAGCCGACAGCCUGCUCAAAGGUGCAAGGACAACAGACAAGAUUGACAAAGCUCUGAAACUGCUGCAAAGAGCUCGAAAAAUGGACGACGAACUUGGCUUGUGGUUCGACAAGUGUCCUCCGGCUUGGAGAAAGGUCAUUUCGGGUUCGGCCAUCAACGUGCCGGACGACAAGAUCGCUCUGGUAUCGGCGUUUCCAGGGCCCAUAUACGAUUAUCCAAACGUUUGGGCUGCAGGCAAGCACAUCAACACCCACGUUUCCAGAUUGCUACUUAACCAGGUGGUUGUUCGGUGCAUCGCGUGGGUUUGUGCACCGAGCGAUCACACCUUGACCAAGGAAUACAUUGACGCAAACAAGAUUGGCAAAGAGCAAGUAGCGGACAUCAUCUCAAGCACGCCGUACUUUUUCGGGUGGACCGGAGAUGCUCUGAGUACGCCAUACUUCCCCUGCGGAACAUCCGAGAUGCCGAAAGGCCUGGCUGGUGUCUCGUGCAUGUGGCCACUCUUGGCCACUGGCUCGAGUCGAUUUGCAACCAGGAGGCAGCGCAUCUACGUCAAGGCCCGUCUCGCAAAAAUUGCUGAAGAAAUGGGCAUUCGGCAGGCCGACGUAUUUUCAAAGGUGAGACCUCCCAAGUACCCCUAA